UUCUCUCUUCCACACCAUGAAAUUCGCGGAACGUCUAAGCGCUCACAUCACGCCAGAAUGGAGAAAGCAGUACAUCAACUACGAGGAAAUGAAGGAGCUACUGUACGCCGCGGUGGAGCAGGCUCCAUCGGCAGACGUGACCGAGGCGUACGUUUUGGACAGCUUCUAUGGCAAGUUUGAUGAGAAAUUUUUCCAUUAUUGCGACAAGGAACUGGCGAAAAUAAAUACCUUCUAUUCCGAAAAGCUAGCAGAAGCUACGCGUAGAUUUGCCACGCUUAACAACGAGCUGAGCGAAAUCUUGUCAGUCUCCGAGGAUGCCCAAAGCCGCAAGGCGCGUUACCGCAGUCACAUUCUUCACAAGAAGCCUGUUUCGGCGCGCAAACUUCAAGAGCUGAAAUUGGCCUUCUCCGAGUUCUACCUCUUCCUCAUUUUGCUCCAAAAUUAUCAGGACCUGAAUUUCACCGGAUUCCGAAAGAUCUUGAAGAAACACGAUAAGCUUCUGAAUGUGGACUUUGGCGGCAAGUGGCAUGCGGAACACGUUGAUACGGCAAUUUUCCACACGGGCAAGGAUAUAGAUAGACUGAUCGCGGAGACUGAGGCUGUGGUAACUCGAGACCUGGAGCAUGGCGAUCGUCAAAGGGCCAUGAAACGGCUCAGAGUGCCUCCGCUCGGAGAGCAGCUCUCCCCGUGGAUCACAUUUAAAGUCGGCCUUUUCUCUGGCGCUUUUGUCAUACUUUUUAUAGCUGUGAUAUUAUCCGCUAUGCGGUACAAAAAGAAGGAUAACUGGACGGUACUCUGUCGAAUUUAUCGUGGACCACUUCUUCUGAUAGAAUUCCUCUUUUUGAUGGGAAUCAAUGUUUACGGUUGGAGAUCUUCUGGCGUGAAUCACGUGCUGAUAUUCGAGCUUGAUCCGCGCAAUCAUUUGUCAGAACAGCAUAUCAUCGAAUUGGCAACUAUACUCGGUCUGGUUUGGUCCAUGUCCAUCUUGGGUUUCUUAUAUAGCGACACAUUGGGUGUACCAUCGUUUGUUCAACCACUGCUGUUUUAUGCGCUGUUGGCACUGUUCUUAUUCAAUCCCACUAAGACUCUGCGACACGAGGCGAGGUUCUGGACACUACGCGUUCUGGGUCGCGUCUUCUGCGCGCCAUUCUUUUACGUGAAUUUCGCGGAUUUCUGGCUCGCUGAUCAACUUAAUUCUCUUCACACGGUCUUUCUGGAUUUUCAGUAUUUUGUCUGCUUCUACAUCCAGAAUUCUUCUUGGAACGACGUUACAGAUACAGAAACCUGCAUAAUGCGCGAAUCAUCGAUGAGACCGUUUGUGGUGUGUUUACCGGCGUGGUUUCGAUUUGCGCAAUGCCUGAGGCGUUACCGAGACACGAAGGAGACUUUUCCACAUCUGUUGAACGCGGUCAAAUAUGCCACAAGCUUCUUUGUGGUUAUUUUCGCCUAUUUGCACUUAAUAAACAAGAAAUACUAUGCAUUGUCUACCGAGAAUCCCUACUUUUACUUAUGGCUGACGGUCAGUGUGGUGAGUUCUUGUUUUACAUACACGUGGGAUGUAAAACUGGAUUGGGGCCUCUUCGACAGCAGUGCUGGAGAAAAUAAAUUCCUCAGAGAAGAGAUAGUUUAUUCGUCACCUUAUUAUUACUACUUCGCGAUGGUCGAAGAUUUUAUCUUGCGAUUUGGAUGGGCGUUUUCUCUGUCUCUGACAGAGAUGGGAUACAUUCACGCGGAUCUUAUGGUUUCCAUAGUCGCCCCGUUAGAAGUCUUCAGACGUUUCGUGUGGAACUUCUUCCGCUUGGAGAACGAGCAUUUGAACAACUGCGGAAAGUUUAGGGCAGUGCGAGACAUCUCGGUUGCACCAGUCGACUGCUCCGAUCAGACGCAGAUAUUGCGAAUGAUGGACACUUCCGAUGGCGUAGUAAAUCGCAGACGGAAGCAAAAUAUGGACGAAAAGCGCAAGCCGAUCCGGUUACUCACGAAGGACGAGUCUCUGUUGGACGAUUAAGGCGGUAUGAUCAUCGAUUUGGCAUAGUUUAAAUUUAUAUAGAGCUAAAUCGACUUUUUGUACCGCCUUGUUACUUCAACUUUGUUCACAAAUUAUGAUGGCUAAUCAAACUGACAAGAGCAGAGAGUAAAAGUAUGAGAAUAUUGGCAUACUUUGAACACAAGGUGCUGAAUCAUCAAUUUAUGUGACAUGUUAAUUAGAUGUGCUAGUCCAUCGAUGUGAUUAAAGAUUACUAUCUGUAAGUAAAUAGCGAAUUGAUAUCAUUCGAAAGCGAAAUCAAAGAAAUUCGAAGGAAUCAGUAUCGAAGAGAUCGAGAUUGUAUCAAAUGUUGAGAAUUAGUGUACUUUUAUUUCGAUUACUAUCUGUACUUCAAUUAAAUAAAUGAUUGUUACAAAAUAAAA